GUUUUCGAUAGAUGGGCAACAUGAGGUUUUGCUCUAAGGAUACUUCCACAACUCCUGGGAAAGUGGAACCUUUGUUAUAUCGCGGCACCAGACGCUAUGUUGACUUAUGAAGACUUUACAGUUUGCAAGAGUUUAUUAUUAAUGACAUAUGUUUAGUAAGCGAAUAUCUUAAGCUGGAUAACUCCCUCAAGCCCGACAGCAGUUAUGGAGGGCCAUGGUGAAUCAAUGGACUUGGCGACACAGAGGGAGAAGAUACAGCAACAGAUUUUAGCACUUGAGAAAUAUUUUGAUGCUGAAGACCAUUCUGACCUGUCGUCAUGUAGCUCAUUAGAUGGUGAGGAAUCGGAUGAGGAUGAGGAUGAGGAUGAGGAGGAUGAUGUCACAUUGGACAAUAAAAGUGGUCUUGAUGCCAAGCAUGAGAAAAUUCAGAGAGAGAUCAAAGAACUGGAGGAAACACUUGGCCUCUGUACAGAAGAUGAUCUAUCUGAAAAAUUGGACAGUGCUGGAAAUGUACUUAGUGACGAAUACAGUGAUGAUGACGACGACGAUGACUUACAACUACCUCAAAAUGCAGAAACCUGUUUAGAAAUGAACCAGGUGUAUCAGGAUGUGGUCAAGGAGAAGCUGGCGGAGCUUGAACAGCUUCUACAGGACAACCGAAAGAAGCAGAGGGAGAUAGAGUCUCAGUUAGAUGGGUCUGCUGCUCAAAACUCCAACACAUCCUCAGCGUUGCCGACACUGAGGAUGUAUAUAGGGAACUUUAUGAAGCCCUACUUCAAAGACAAGGUGACCGGUCUGGGACCUCCAGCAAAUCCUGAAACAAGAGAGAUCCAGAGUGCAGGGACAACCCCGUGUGAUGAAAAAAAAAUCAAAAGAUGGGAAGGAUGGCAGAAAUCUCUGUUGAUCAGUGCUGUGGUCCAGGACACCAUGAAACGCAUGGUUCAGCCAAAAAUGUCAAAAAUGGAAUACCUCAGAGACAAAAUGUCAAAAGCUGAAGAAUCUGACAAAGAAGCUUUACAGAACCAGAUCAAAGAAGUUGAAGUUGAGAUUGCAAAGAUAAGUGACUUGAGUGAAGGAGACCUAAUGGGGACACGCACUGAUGAACAUGACUGGGAUAAAAUCUCAAAUAUUGAUUUUGAAGGCAAGCGUGAUGCCUGUGACAUUAAACAGUUCUGGCAGAACUACUUGCACCCCUCCAUUAACAAGUCGUCCUGGAGCUCGGAGGAGAUCGAGAAGCUGAAGGCCAUCGUGGACAAAUACAAGAGUCACGACUGGGAGAUGAUCGCAGAGAAGCUGGAGAACAACAGAACCGCAUUCAUGUGCUUCCAGGCACACCAGCGUUACAUCUACACAAGCUUCAAGAAAAGGGCAUGGACGAGUGUGGAGGACCGCAAGCUCACAGACUUGGUGCACAAAAAAAGAAUUGGCAACUUUAUUCCAUACACUCAGAUAUCAUAUUUCAUGGAUGGACGAGAUGCUGCCCAGUGCAUCUAUCGGUGGACUUCAGUUUUGGAUCCCUCCAUCAAGAAAGGCCCCUGGUCUAAAGAAGAAGAUGAGAUGUUAUUGAGAGCGGUGCAGAAACACGGUGUUCCGAAUUGGUGGAGAAUUAAGUUUGAUGUACCAGGUCGGACAGAUGGGCAGGUUCGUGACAGGAGUUCUUGCAUUCCAGGCAAGUGGGUGAAGAUCGCCACUGAAGUUCCCAACCGGAUAGACAGUCAGUGCUUGGGCAAAUGGAGAUUACUAACCAAACCCAGUGCUCCAAGAAAGAAGCGCCCACCCAGUACGGCCGUGCCCAGAUCCUCCGACACAGCGACCCCCGGCAGCGAGACGCGGCAAACUCCAACUCAGAAACCUGCUGAGAAGACAAGGAAGAAAAGGGGAAAACGAAAUAAGAGAAAGAAAAUGGCUACUGCUGAUGAUGAGGACGAGGAAAUGUCAGAGGGGGAGAUUGAGUACCUCGACAGCGAAUGCGAAGAAGAAGAACAUGUGGCUUCUCCCUCAGAGCCUGAGGUGUCUGUGCCCAAAUACGUCCAGCCUCCGCUCUCAGAGUGGAUACCCAGACAAGCUGCAGGAGUGAUCAGACUGGCCCUGAUCAAGCAGCCCAACAGGGAGGAUGGGAACCGCAGCACCACCAUCAAUGGCUUCCUCCUCCCACGUGUCAAUUACACGGCCCUCGACCGCUGCGGUCAUAUUGCAAAGCGCUUCAUAGCACAGCAGUACCAGCCACCAAAACAACGGACCUAUGAGGAGGAUACGAUCCUAAUUCCAGAAUACGACGUCAGAAGUGUUUAUGAGAUAUUGGGAAUUAAAAGUCAGCAAGCGACAGAAAAGGACAAGCGGAAGACGGCUAACCAGCAGCGUAGAUCUCUAAAGCGUGGCCCUAACGCACAAGCAGCCAAGACCCAACUCUCCAACGAGCUGAUGUCCGUCAUCGCCCGCUGGAUGGGGAAUAUCCUCAUUCCUCUGCCGUACCAUAUGAGCCAAAUGUUUGAAGUGGAUGUGGUGAGAAAACGAGCAGUCAAAGUUGAGCUUUCGAGCACCACAGUCUUCUUGUCCCUGCUGAAGAUUCUUCAUGUUGACUCUGCUGGUUGCAAGACUGUUAUUUCAGCCCGAAGUAACAAAGCUCUUGCUGCAGCGUCAAACAUCCCAGCACAGCAGAUGAGCAACAGGGGCUUAAAGAAGGUCAAGAGACAAGGGCACCCUUCAGAACCUCUGAAGCGCAUUUGCACAAAUAAUAGUAAUAAUCAGCAGACACAUGUGCUGUAUCGGCUUCUGCAGCCACAGCCAUCGCAGAGCCACCAAUCAUCGUCAGCUCCGUCAUCUCAACCUGUGGGUCAAGUGACGCAGCCUCGCGCUGUUCAGCCGAUACGGCCUUCUCUGGUCCUGCCACCGCCACCACUACAGUCUCAGACUCACAAAGGUUUGCCUCCGGUUGCACCCAUCCCGUUGUCACGUGGUGUCCAGGUUGCACAGCCUUUGAAGAUGUCUGUAAUGCCACCACCUCUAUCCACCAGCACCACGAGCGUUUCCACUUCCACAGAACAACCUACCGGACCACUUAAGCGUGUAAGGAAAGCCACACCCAAGGCCAUGGAGCUAAUGGAAGAGGCCAAAGCGAAGACUCAAAAGGGGAACAAAAGGCCGCGUGUGGAGAACACCAACCCCAGCACAGUUUCGCCCGGCACUUUGGUCCUCGCUCCCUCAAUCGCACAAACCCCCCUGAGCACCCAAGAUCCUAACAGACUGGUUGCCAAUGGUAUACCAAUGCUUCCGUCAGGGACCACUGGCCUCACGUUACAGAACCCUCUUAUGUCUGCAAGUAACACUGACCAAACAAACGGACGAGGACACAUACCCCGCGACUUCCCUACGCCAGUUGUUUUUAGCAUGGCCAAUCCUCAAGGGGGUCCUCCCAUCAUGAUGAUACCAGUUCUCCACAGACCAAACGUGGUCACAACCAACACCUCUGGGACUGCUUCUUCCACCAGUGUCCAAGGUGUGGCUGGACGUGUCCCUAGUACUGCAAUGACUACUCCCUCUGCUAGUGUACCAGGUGCCAGCACGGGUGCGCCUAUCAUCUUACUAGCAGCUCCAUCCCAAGUUGGUGCCCAAGGUCUCAGGGGUAGUCUGACCAGCACGGCUCUGACAAGUACUUCCACCAAUAUCGAAGGUGUCACUACCAGUGUGUCAGCUUCCACUGUGACAACUCCAAAGACCAGUACCACAGCUGUUUCUACCAGUGUGCUCACUGCUGCAGUGACGACUGCGCACGCCAGUACUGUUACAAGUGUACUCAAUACCGCUGUGGCAACUGUAUCCACUCGUGCCGCAACUGUUGCAACAAGUGUGCCCAGUACUGCACUGACUGCUACUACCAGACUGUCCUGUGUGCCUGCUGCGACCACUAGCAUCACAAGUGGAUGCGCUGUCCUGAAUCCGGCUGGCCCUUAUCUCACCAUUUCUCCUCUCGUGUCAUCGGUAGCACUGCCUCACUCCCUGCCCACAGCAGGCUUGCCCAACUUACUCCCACCCCCAGUUGGUCUCAUUCAGACCAAUUCGGUCUCCCCACUUCCGGUGAACGGUGCCCUUCCCAUGACCAUUUCACCCAUAUGCGCUUUCAUACCCCCAGGAAACCAGAGUUUGACCACACUCCAGGACACUUCUGGUUUCGAUAAAAAUGUAAUGUUCCUCGAAGACCCAGGUGCCGUGAGUGACUGGAUGAGUGGAAGGAGAGGUGCUGUGUCGCCUCCGUCAGACCAGCGCCUGCCUUACCUCCCGCCGUUCGUGGGCAGCGUCAACACCUUGCAAGGUCUCCUCAAGGCCAAGAAGUCCCUCCUAGAACAUUCCUUACGGGUCGUGCCUGGCAGAGUGGCAACGUAUAUCGGCCAAUCGGAGGAGGAAGACGUGGCAGACGUGAGAAGGAGAGUGUCCGAGACGUUCCGUGGCAAUCCAGCGUACCUGUCUCUCAAGACGCGUUUCCUGGCCUGCUUCACCAUGCCAGCUUUCUUGGCUACGGUCAACCCCAGCCCAGAGCCACCCCCAUCGGAAGACCUCCAGGCAGAUGAUAUUUAAGCUCAACGGUCCAGAAUGUUCCAGAAGGCUGCAGUGGAUUCGAGGCCCAACAGCACUUUAUUUUUUAAUGGAGACAUUACUAUAAUUGUUCAAUGUUAAACUAUAAGUUUUCAAUUAGUACAAGAAAAUGUUUUCUAUGAUACUACAGUCUGUAGCAUUAGGGCAUUGUUCCCCUUUUUGUUUUUUCUAAAUGUUUAGUUACUGUGAGCUUGAAAUAGCCGUUUUGUUUCCAAAAGAAAAUACAGUAUCUUCAAAGAAGAUAGGUGAAUAACUUAUAUUUGUUAAGUGUCCUAUAUAUUUUUGCUAUGUUCGUGUUCAAGAAUGGUUUUUACUCCCCGUCCUGGCAAAAAAAGAUUUUAUUGAUGUUUCAUUUGCAUUCCACUGAUGACUUCCUGAAUAUUUUGUACCGCUUUUCAAGGUUUUCCAUUAUAAUAUUCUGUUAGUUUCAACAUGGUAACAAAAUAAAAAAUGGAAAUUAAUUUAAAGCUUAACAUCUCACAUCUUUCAUAUUUUUACUGGUCUUAAACAGGGAUGGGCAAAGAUACAGUUACAUGUAUUUCCACAUACACAAAAUACCCAGUCUUUCAAUGUUACGAUUAAGAUACAAAAUACACAACACUAACUG